CCCAUGCAGCUGCUGCAGUGAAAGGCUGAGGGGGAGGAGAGCCUGCAGGGCGGUGUUCUCAGGCGGGGAAACAGCCUGCUGCAGCUGCUGAGCCACAUCUGGAAUAGUAACAGGAGUCAAGAGGAGCAGAGAGGAGCGCCCCGAGUCUUCACUUCUCUUCAACACGCCCUUUUCUCACGAGCUCUUGCUUUACCUUUUAACUUCUUCACGAUGCUGCUCAUCCUGUGUGGAGUGCUCAUCUUGCACGUAGUCAUUCUCAUCCUCCUCAUCGUGUCUACAGCUGCCAGUGCCUGGUCUGUAACUGGGAAAGGGAGCACUGAUCUAUGGUAUACCUGCGUGAGCAAUGAUGACAGCCACCACUGCAAGCCAGCCAGCAGUGAAGACUGGAUCCAAGCAGUCCAAGCCCUCAUGAUCCUGUCGGUGCUCUUCUGCUUCUGCUCCCUCGUUGCCUUCCUGUAUCAGCUGUUCAGACUGAUGAAGGGCGGACGCUUCUUCUUCACCUCCAUCUUCCAGAUCUUGGCGAGCGUGUUUGUGAUGUGCGGGGCGAUCAUUUACACCGUGAUGAGCCCGAAUGCUCAGUUUGGCUACGCCUAUGUGCUGGCCUGGGUGGCGUUCCCUCUGUGCCUCGCCAGCGCUCUCAUUUAUAUCGUUCUGAGGAAGAAAGAAUGAGAGCAGGAGCAGAGGUGGCGGAUCAGGAGGCCCCCUACCACAACACCACACUUUGCCUACUGCACCCACAGACUCACAUCCUAACAACUCCUUGUUUUCCCAUCACAGGCUGAAAGAAUCACACUCAUUUGAAUUUCAGAAAUGAAUUUCCACAACAUCUGGUCCAUGUAUCCGUUGUGUGUGACACAAAAGCAACUCUGCCUUCCUUCAGUAUGAAGAUGUACAUAGUGUCUGUGGUUUUAAGACAUAUUUAUAACAGUUUUACAUACAUUGUGUACAUAGUGUUGUCAAGUUAACAUUGCUAUGCUCAUUUAACGUCACUCACCAAUCAUGCAGCUGUACCAAAGAGAUGUCGCUUCAAGAGGAUCACGCUUCCUGUUUCUUUGUUUUGUUUGUUUGUCUUUUUUACAUCAAAUGCUUUUAACAGUGUGCCUUAAUUAGAUGAUGUGUUUUUAUGUAAGGAAAUGAGAAAACUCUGAAAAAAGUGUUAACAAACUCAUGAAGUUUUUUUAUUAUACUUGAUAUUCCAAAUGAAAAAUGUUGAAAAUGGUGCUUCUUUCCCUUGAAUUUACUAGUUUUGAAUCAUUUAUGCUAAUGUGUGCUGCAAGUGUGUCAUGGCCUGUAUUUCUUUUGCUUGUGUACAAAAAUAACAUUUUUGUCAGUAUUAUGAAUAAACAUGUUUAGAUGA